AUGGCUUUGCUCCACCGACUGACCAUGUACAUCCCAAGCAAAAUGAUCCUAGGCACCCGCCACCUGCAGCUCCAAGCCCCCAGCUUCUCCCUCGACGCAGCCGGGCUCGUCGCGCUCGCGGACCUCACAACGGUGCAAGCCCGCACCGCCCUCACCGGCACCGCCACCCUCCUCGACGCCCUGGUCAUCUGCCCGGGCAUCCACCUCCAGCAGCGCGCGACGGAGCUCAACGGCGGCGAGUACCCCGCCUGCGGCGCCAUGACGACGGGCUACGUCUUCCGCGUCGAGAACCCGGCGACGGUGUACUACCUGCAGAACGUCGGCCGCACGGGGCAGCUCACCACGCUGGCGGUGACGCGGCUGCCCGCCGACGGGAUGCGCUUCCGCUCGUGGAUCGCCGCGCACCUCUUCUCGCACCGCAACGCGACGGCCGUGUCGUGCGCCGCGUACCUGGCGGCGGUGCUGUGGGCGCUGGCCGUCGUCGCGCUGCUGGCCCUCAUGCGCGACUGGUGGGGGCUGGGCGUCGUCGGCAUCCUGGUGCUGUCGCGCGCGUGCAACGUCGUCGUGAUCCGGCUGCGGAACAAUGCGGCCGGGUCGUGGACGGGGGCGCGGGAGCCCGGGGCGGAGGGGGACCUGCUGAUCCUGCUGAGCCAGGACCGGUGGGUGAGGAUGAGGGGGUACACGGACGACUUGAAGGCGGUGACGUCCGGGCAGUGGCUGCGGGAUGAGAACUCGGUGGAGAGUUGGGUGACUGCGUUCGCGACGCUGAUUGUGUACCUGGGCGCGGCGCUGGCGGCGAAUGUUCAGCAGGCGGGGAAGGUUCUUUUGCUGGCACUUAUGAUUGGGUCGGUUGGGUUGCUUGCGGUUGCGAAUGUGUCGACUCAUGACCUGCAGAUGCGAGGAUGCAUUGUGAAAGUGGAUGGGGAGAGGAAGCCGUAUGAGAGACGGCUGCAUCUUGUGGAGGAGCUGGUCAACGAGACCGGCCGGGAUGAUUGGGCAGUACGGAUGGGCAUGAAGCUGAAGUCGUCGGGCAAAGCAGACCUUCAGAUGGAUGGGCACAAAGUGGUGGAAAUGUGA